GUUACAAUUUACCAUUUGUCGGCGACGGACGCGCGCUCUCCGUCUUGGCAAAAGAAAUAUACAAUACAAAUCUCAAAGAAAAGCUCGCUCAGCUAACGGUUCUUCAGGAGCGUUUCUAACACCAACACAGCAACUACCAACAAAAGCCACCAGCGUCGGCCCGUCUCGUAUAAAAUCUGUUGCAUCACUGCUGCGGCACUUCAGUCGUUCGAACGCGUGCGGCCGGAGAAGUGCAGUUUACAAAUAAGAAAUUAAAAAUAAAAAAUACAAUACCAAAACAAUAACAACAAGAAUUAAAACAAAAUAAAUAAUAGGCAAACGAAAAAUGCUGGGCUGCAGUGAACACUUAGGCAGCCUAAAAUGAAGCUUAAUAUUAAAUAAUAAUAUAUUUGAAAGAGAAACGAUAAACAUUUCCAAAGACCCACUUACCUCAGUGCAAUGCUUUAGGCCUUAGCAAAAAUAAUCGAAUUAAAAAUUCUGACUUUAUCUGAACUAAUUAAAAAGAAAAAACAUCCAAAAUUAACGCUCUACAAGGCAUCAAGAUUUUACCCUCCUUCGCGCAACUGAAAAUGCUGAACAUGGAGUCGCCGCAGAUGUACGCCGAUGCCGUUCAGACAUUGGCCCAGCUGGACCUCAAAAAGGAGCCGCCGCUGCAGCAGGCCACCAUUGGCCAAAUCACCCUGACGGCCAUGUCCACGGCACAACAGCAGCAGCAGCAACAGCAACAGCAGCAACAGCAGCAGCAGCAACAGCAGCAGCAACAGCAGCAACAACAGCAGCAGCAACCUCAGCAGCAGACAACCGAUGCCAACAACAAUACUUCCCAGGAUGCCGCACUCCUUGUAAAACAACAUGCCAUGCAUCAAAUGCAACAGGUUGCCGCCUUGGGCAACAACAACAACCUGCUGCAGAAGCAAAUGUUGCAGCAGUACACCACCCAAACGGAUCUGGACGAGCUGACCACGCAGGAGAUCACCCUGGAUCUGCAGCACCUGAUAGACGAUCAGUUUAGGGACACGGAGGCACUGGGAAUCUUCAGUGACAUGGUGACCAGUCCGGGUGGUCUGUCGGCCACCUUGCCACCCAGUGGCAUGGUAUCGGCGGCAGCAAAGGUCCUGCAGCAGCAAACACUGAGGAAUCAGCAUGGCUAUGGGGGAAGAGGGGGAGGCGGAGGAGGAGGAGGUGGUGGCGGCGGAGGAGGAGCCCUGGCCUACAUGCCACAGCCCGUUCAUGCCACCUACAAUAAUUCCAGCGACGAGAACAGCUCCGUGGGCUCCGAUUCCAGUACGAUCAAGGAGGAGCCCAUCGAUCCGGAGUACAGGCGACACCUCCAGGAGGCGGCCAACCAGCAGGCGGCGUUCAUGGGCAACGGCGGUGGGUUGUACAACGGCUACGGGGCGGGGGUGAACGGCCUGUCUGGUGGGGGCAAUCCCCUCAACGGCGGCAACACUACGCCCAGCAGCAACGGCAGCAAUGGCAGCACGGGCAGCAGCAACGGCAGCCAGUUCACCAAUCUAACGACCGCCAAUGUCCUGGCCCAUCACAACCUGCCACAUUUGGCGGCCGCCGCAGGAGCCCAGCAUUUGCUAAAGCAACACAGCAAGUUGCAUGCCCAGCAGCAACAUCAGCAACACCAGCAGCAGCAGCAACAUCGCAAGCACAGCAACAAGCAUGUGGACAAGGGCACCGAUGAGUACCGCCGGCGAAGGGAGCGGAACAACAUUGCGGUGAGGAAGAGCCGGGAGAAGGCCAAGGUGCGGUCGCGGGAGGUGGAGGAGCGGGUGAAGAGCCUGCUGAAGGAGAAGGACGCACUCAUCCGGCAGCUCAGCGAGAUGACCAAUGAGUUGCAGUUGCACAAGCAGAUCUACAUGCAGCUGAUGAACCAUGCCAAUCCCGAAGUGAGUCGCGUGUGCCGCAGCUUCCUCAACACCAAUGAGCAUUCGCUGUAGCAGCAGCAGAUACAAAGAAAGUGUCCUUUGGACAUGCGAUAGUGUGUGUGUGACUGCCUGAAUAUGUGUGUGUAUGUGUGUGUGAGAGAGACUCUGUCAAAUCAAAGAUUCAAAAUGCUGUGUGGGUAGCUCGUAAGAACCAUUUUCCUUCUACUAUUCAUUGUUUUCUAUUUAAGCCGUUGGUCUGUAAACGUUUACAACCAUCUGCAUUCCUUUGUACAUUUUCUUCUACUCCCCCCUUCCCCAAACUCUUGUUAUCAUUGUAAAGCAUAUUUUUGUACUUAAUUCUUAACGACUGUAACAUAUAUUUCGCACAUUUUUUAUACAUAAUCUUAUACAUUAUAUCUUAUCAUAAAGUUAAGCCAAAGAAAAAUGUUAAAAAUAUUUAUGUAAAAAAAAAUAACACGCAGGAAAGAAAGAAAAAAUGGAAAAUACAAAAAAUCAAAACUUAUUUAUAUACAUCUAAUUCAAAUUUGUACAUUUCUUGAUUGGUGUGCGGCUUUGCUCUAUGCUUAAUGCCACGCCCACAUCCACUCCCAAUCGCCCAGCCCCCCUCCCCACUGCUUGAAACACUGAAAAAAAAACAUUAGCAAAUCUUUAGUUGUUAAGCAGAUCGCCCGGAACAUCGAGUAACCGCUUUACCUGCACAAAACCCUCGAAGGAAACCCUGCCCGUAAUUAACAAUUGUCUAGCGAAUUCGACGAGUUUGCGGGAAUUCGCUUUUGAGAGAGCGCAGAAGAUAUGAAUGCUAUUAAUUUGUAAGGCCAACGCAAUGUUCUCAUUUUAAUUUAUAUAUUCGUAAAUUAAAUAUACACAAACAACAAAGAAAAACUGUAAAGCAAAUCUA